UCCUGCUCCUGCCUUGCUCAGUCGCUGCUAAUAAUUGCCUAGCUGGCCAGAGGUUUCCUCCUCUCCUGGUUUGGGAAGAAGCGUCCAGUUCGACUGAGACCUCCCCAAGACGGCCUUACAGAUGUCGUCGCGCAGUGAAGGCGAUCUCAUGCACACGUUCAAUGGCAUCACUUUCACCAUCAGGACUUCGCCCGAGCUCUUAAAAUCUCUGGGCUCGUUUGACGCGAGAGAAGAUGACAUCCUUUUGGUUUCGUACCCAAAGUCCGGCACUCACUGGCUUGCUGAGAUCCUCAUGCACCUCUAUGCACCCAGAGUGUCUUUAACAUCCCCGAUUGAAUUUGGAGAUCUUUCCAAACUGGACCAACUGGACCGUCUUUCAGGCAAGAGAAUCAUUCCAACCCAUCUGGAUGGCAACAUGCUGCCGCCCACUUUUACACUCAAGCAAUGUAAGGCUAUCUACAUUAUCAGAAACCCCAAAGACAUUGCAGUUUCCAUGUAUCAUUAUUACAGAGACAACCCAAACCUUCCCACCAUCGAUUCCUGGCCUGUUUUCCUGGAUAUGUUCUUAAGAGGAGACGUUGUCUGCGGAUCCUGGUUUGAUCACGUCUUAAGCUGGGAGAAACACACUGAUGACAAAAACACUCUGUUCUUGUUCUACGAAGAUAUGAAACAGGACCUCCCAAAGGUUGUGAAGAAAGUCAGUGCUUUCCUGGCGCUCAACACCAGCGAGAGCAGGAUCCACGAGAUUUGCAAGAAGUCCUCGUUCAGCGAGAUGAAAACCAACACAGAGAAGGAGAACGAUCCGAACCACACGGUCUGCGCGCUCACGUCCAACCGGAAGCUGGUGUUCCGAAAAGGUGCCGUCGGCGACUGGAAAAACCAUUUCACUCCCAAACAGAACCGGAUGUUCGAAGAGACAUUUAACAAAAAAAUGAAAUUUAGCGAAGUGGCAAAACAUCUUGUCUACGAGUUCUGAUUGUGACGGCAAGCAGCCACCAGCUGGCAACUGUAUGGAAACAUUUUUUUGGGGGGGGGGGUCCUGUAUAUAUUUUAAAAGGCUUGUAUUCUUCAGAUUUCGGGAGGAUAGAGGAAAACGGAAAGCGUAAAUGUGGGAACGGCGACAAAAUGUUGCAGCGUAAAGUGUAUCUGUCCAUAAUCUUAAGCCUCUCCACCCCAUUUCACUUACCCCCCAUUUUCUGUUUUCUCCUCCUCCCUCCAAAUAAGUCUGUCCCCACUUGAUCAUUGGAGUUCUUGUUCCUUCUGUUUUUACAACGCUGCAAAUGUUUGGCUUUGAUAUCACCUGCUAAUAUUGCCUUCUUAUGUAUUGGUAGUGGCAGUGUAGUGGUCAGAGUGCUGGACUCUGACCUGGGAGACCAGGGCUCAAAUCCCCACUGAGCCAUAAAAGAGACCUACUGCAAACGAGUCUGUCAAGCAUGGAACUGGCCACUUAAGAGGCUAAAAUGAAAGCCACAGCACAAGGAGAAAUUGUAGAUAGACAUGUUUUGCUAAUGAUAAGAUUGGAAAACGUUUAUUGAAUAUAUGGGGGGGAAAUUGUGUACACUUGAAAACAUUGGCAGCAUUAAGAUAAAUUCAACAGUGUAAACGAAACAAACAAAAAACAAAAAAUUCCUUCCAGUAGCACCUUGGAGACCAACUAAGUUUGUCAUUGGUAUGAGCUUUCGUGUACAUGCACACUUCUUCACACAUGAAA